CGCCGGAGCUGGCAGGGGGUGGAGCGGUUAGUAAACAGCAAAUGCGGGAACUGCUGGGCCGGAGUCAGCCAUGGACUGGAAAGAAAUUCUUCGCCGGCGGAUAGCGACGCCCAACACCGGUCCAAACAAAAAAAAAAGUGAACAAGAAUUAAAAGAUGAAGAAAUGGAUUUAUUUACCAAGUAUUACUCAGAAUGGAAAGGAGGUAGAAAAAACACAAAUGAAUUCUAUAAGACCAUUCCCCGGUUUUAUUAUAGGCUGCCAGCUGAAGAUGAGGUCUUACUACAGAAAUUAAGAGAAGAAUCCAGAGCCGUCUUUCUGCAAAGGAAAAGCAGGGAACUGUUAGAUAAUGAAGAAUUACAGAACUUAUGGUUUUUGCUGGACAAGCACCAGACACCACCCAUGAUUGGAGAGGAAGCAAUGAUUAAUUAUGAAAAUUUUUUAAAGGUUGGUGAAAAAGCUGGACCAAAGUGCAAGCAAUUUUUCGCAGCAAAAGUCUUUGCUAAACUCCUUCAUACAGAUUCUUAUGGAAGAAUUUCCAUCAUGCAGUUCUUUAAUUAUGUCAUGAGAAAAGUUUGGCUUCAUCAAACAAGAAUAGGCCUCAGUUUAUAUGAUGUUGCUGGACAAGGGUAUCUCCGGGAAUCUGAUUUAGAAAACUACAUAUUGGAACUUAUCCCUACUUUGCCACAAUUAGAUGGGCUGGAAAAAUCUUUUUACUCCUUUUAUGUUUGUACAGCAGUUAGGAAGUUCUUCUUCUUUUUAGACCCUCUAAGAACAGGGAAGAUAAAAAUUCAAGAUAUUUUAGCAUGCAGCUUCCUAGAUGAUUUAUUAGAGUUAAGGGAUGAGGAACUGUCCAAGGAGAGUCAAGAAACAAAUUGGUUUUCUGCUCCUUCUGCCCUACGGGUGUAUGGCCAAUAUUUGAAUCUUGAUAAGGAUCACAAUGGCAUGCUCAGUAAAGAAGAACUCUCCCGCUAUGGAACAGCAACCAUGACCAAUGUCUUCUUAGACCGUGUUUUCCAGGAGUGUCUCACUUAUGAUGGAGAAAUGGACUAUAAGACCUACCUGGAUUUUGUUCUUGCAUUAGAAAACCGAAAAGAACCUGCAGCUCUGCAAUAUAUUUUCAAAUUGCUUGACAUUGAGAACAAAGGAUAUCUGAAUGUCUUUUCCCUUAAUUAUUUCUUUAGGGUGGUCUCAGAGAAUAGCAUGAUGAGCUCUGAAGUGGAAUUUGAUUGUAUUUUACCUGAUAAUCAUUCAGCUGCAGCAGGUGUAAAUGCCAUACAAGAACUAAUGAAAAUCCAUGGACAGGAUCCUGUUUCAUUUCAAGACGUCAAGGAUGAAAUCUUUGACAUGGUAAAACCAAAGGAUCCUUUGAAAAUCUCUCUUCAGGAUUUAAUCAACAGUAAUCAAGGAGACACAGUCACCACCAUUCUAAUUGAUCUGAAUGGCUUCUGGACUUACGAGAAUAGAGAAGCUCUUGUUGCAAAUGAUAAUGAAAACUCUGCAGACCUUGAUGAUACAUGAUCUCUCAAAGACUAGACUGUAUUCAUUAAAAUAAGCUUGAAUGCUGCAUGUAAAACCUUUGAAGCAGAAUCCUUAGAAAUGGUCUAAAUAAAACACUUCAUAUGUCUAUAGAA